AUGGUGUGUGCAUUUUGGAACGCUCUCAUCGUCAUCAUCACCAUCAUGCGGGAAAGCCAGCAUCUGCACACUGCCAUGGGCUUCUUCUUGAGGCAUUUGUCUUCCCUGGAGAUGUGCUACUGCACCACCACCCUGGCCCAGCUGAUGGCCAGCUUCAUGACUAGGGAAAGGACUAUGUCUGCUCGUCAUGGCGUUAGUACUCUUUUCUGCACCUUUGCCAUGUACGCCGUGUUUACUACUGGGACUGCUUCCCUGACUGAAGGAAGCUGUGGGUUCUCACUGGUGCCCCCCCAAUGGCGGCAGCAGCUGAAGAAGUACAUCCUGAUCAACCUGUGCAGCAUUGAGGCCUAUGGUCAGCAGGACCCUGAAGACUGCAGGAAAGGAGAAAAAGCAGAAAAGGACAGAACUUUUCAUCCAGACCGUGAAAUUACCACACUUGGGUUUUUUGCCAUGUUCCCAUCUCGGCUGGGUGAACUGAAAUUUAGCACGGGACCAGAAAAUGCAACGGCAGUUACUGAGUUCAUCCUAGAGGGUUUUUCAGGGCUUGAUCAAAGACUACAGCUAUUUCUCUCGCUGGUCCUUCUGAUCAUAUACCUGACAACAGUGACGGGGAACGCAACCAUCAUGUUCCUUGUAUGUCUGGAUCACCACCUGCAAACCCCCAUGUACUUUUCCAUCAGCAAUCUGUCCUUCCUGGAAAUCUGGUUUACAUCCUCCACAAGCACCAAAUUGCUUGUGAUCCUUGGUUCUGGUAGGAGAACAAUCUCACUGCGCAGCUGCUUUGCCCAAUCCUAUUUCUGUUUUGCCCUGGGCAGUACAGAGUUUGUUCUACUUGUUGUCAUGUCCUUUGACCGCUACGUUGCCAUCUGCCUGCCUUUGCGUUAUGCUGCCAUCAUGAAGCCUCAGCUCUGCAUCCACCUGGUCGUUGCUGCUUGGGUCAUGGGCACCACACUCUUGAGUUACCGCCUGGUCCUCCUCUACAAGCUGACUUUCUGGGGCUCCAACAAGAUCCACCUUUUCUUUUGCGACAGCUCCCCCUUGUUCAAAUUGUCCUGCUCUGACACCAGCUUGCUUUGGAAAAUGGACUCUAUUUUAUCAUCAUUUGUCAUGCUGGGUUCCUUCUGUUUAACUCUGGCAUUUUACACAGGCAUCCUUUUCUGUAUUCUACACCUUCCAGCAGCCUCUGGGAGGAAAAAAGCUUUCGCUACAUGUUCUUCCCAUCUCACCACCUUGGCCAUUGGCUAGGGGAGCUGCAUUGCUCUCUAUGUGCAUCCUUCAGAACACGUUUCCUUGGAGGCAAACAGAAGGGUAGCUUUGCUAAACACUGUCCUCUACCCAUUCUUAAAUCCGUUCAUCUACAGUCUUAGAAACAAGACCGUGAUACUGGCCCUGAAUGAAGCCAUUGCCCAUGCAACAGUAAAGCUUUUCGCCUUAUCACAAUGCAUUUCUGGACAGCAAUUCCCAUGA